AUGCCCAUACUGAACGCUACAAACUAUACGGAAUGGAGCAUGAUGAUGAAAGUCUUACUGAAGAUCUAUAAGGUUUGGGAAACCAUCGAACCUGGUAUGGAGGAUCCAGACAAGAACAAUAUCGCAAUUGGAUUAUUGUUCCAAGCAAUCCCGGAGUCUAUGAUAUUGCAAGUCGGCAAACAAGAGACUUCCAAAGGGAUAUGGGAUGCGGUCAAAGCACGCAACAUAGGAGCUGAUCUUGUCAAAGAAGCACGUCUACAAACCCUCAUGACUGAGUUUGACAGGAUCAAGAUGAAAGAUUCAGACACUAUAGAUAGGUUCGCGGAGAAGUUAUCAGAGAUGGCGUCUAAAUCAGCGGCACUUGGAAAGAUCAUUGAAGAAAACAUUCUAGUAAAGAAGUUCUUGAAUAGUCUACCAAGGAACAAAUUAAAAGCUUACGAAGAGAGAAUUCUUGAUGACGAUCAAGAUACACAAGGAAAGCUCUUAUACUCGGAUUCAUAUCAGCAAAACAAUGGAGCUCGAGGGAGAGGCCGUGGUCGAGGAGGAAGAGGAUACAAAGGACGAGGAAGGGGCAGAGGAAACUCACAAGAUACAACAAACAAUCAAACUCAAAGUCAGGAAAAGGAGAAGAAGGACGGAUCAAAGAUUGUUUGUUUCCGAUGUGAUAAGAAUGGCCACUUUGCAUCCGUGUGUCCUGAGAGACUUCAAAAGAUACAAGAAUCAAACAAUGUGAAGACAGAGGAAGCCGAUCCAGCCCUCUACAUGCACGAGAUUGUAUUCUUGAACAAAGAAAACUUGGUACCAAAGAAAUACGAAAUCAAGCAAGGAGAAGAAGAUGUUUGGUACUUAGACAACGGAGCCAGCAAUCAUAUGACAGGGAAUGUGUCAUAUUUUUCUGAACUCAAUCGCAACAUCAAAGGCAAAGUGAAGUUUGGAGAUGAUUCGUAUUUCAACAUAGAAGGCAAAGGAUCAAUCAUAUUUCAAGGCAAAACUGGAGAACAAAAGCUAGUUACAAACAUAUACUACAUUCCUGAUCUCAAGAGCAACAUCCUAAGUCUAGGACAAGCUACGGAAGUGGGAUGUGAUGUAAGGAUGAAGCUAGACUACCUAACCAUACACGAUCCAAGCGGGAGAUUGCUGGUUAGAGUAAUCAGAUCACCAAACAGAUUAUACAAGAUAAAGCUUAAGAUCGGUAAGCCUAUGUGUCUAAAUCUAAAGCUAGAAGAUGAAUCUUGGAAAGGUUAG